ACUGUUCUGUGUUACUAACACCACAAGUGAGGAAGGUAAAGGGAUCCACAUACCGUUACCUGUCGUUACCUGUAGCAGUUGUAUAUAAUGGCAACCAAGGAGCAAUUAUUGGAUGGUCUAAGAAAAGCUUUUCAGGGAACAAGUGAUAUACCACAGGACAAGAUGCUGUUCACAUACAAUGGGGUCAUCUACCCCUCAGCAACAUGCAAUAUUCCAACAUUUAAAACUAUUGAAACCUUUGAGGCAAGAGAAGAUGACAUAAUGCUUGUGGCGUAUCCCAAAUGUGGAUCUAACUGGUCUAUGAAGCUACUGCAUGAUAUGGUUCAUGCAAUAUACAAUAUAGGGCCAUCUUCAGUCAUCCCACUGAUUGAGUUUGGACUUCCUGAUAAAUUUGAGAAACUAAAAGAAGAACCCUCCCCACGAGUUUUAGAAACACAUUUGCAUUAUGAUAACAUACCUAAACCUUUUUUUGAGAAGAAUGUGAAGAUGCUUGUGGUGUUUCGGAAUCCAAAAGAUACAGCAGCAUCAAUGUUUCAUUUCUAUAAAAACAAUCCGCUUAUUCCCAGCUACAACUCCUGGGAUGAGUUUUUCCCAGACUUCAUGGCUGGAAAAGUUGUAUGGGGAUCUUAUUUUGAUCAUGCUGUUGCUUGGAACAAACAUCUAAAUGAAAAAGUUUUGUUGAUGACCUUCGAAAAUAUGAAGGAGGAUUUGGAAGGUUCAGUUAAGAAAAUUUCAGAAUUCUUUAGGAUCUCUCUGACUGAGGAACAAGUGAAGCUAAUCGCUGAAACAGGAACAUUCAAAUCUAUGAAGGAGAACUCCAAUGAAACGCAUGGGGAUUUUGCAAAAGUUCUCUUUAGAAAAGGUGAAAUUGGAGAUUGGAAAAAUCAUUUCACAAAAGCUCAAAGCGAAGAAAUGGAUGCAAAGUUUGAAGAGUGUUUAGCAGAAACAAAGCUUGGAAACAUGUUGAAAUAUGAUGUAUAUUGCAAAUGGUAGAUGUACUACAAUGAAUAAGUAAAAAGAAAUCAUGUGUAAAGAAGCUGCCUUUUGAGUUUUGCAAGCAGCUAAAUAUUGAAUAAACAAUGCUGAAGCAGACUAUACGGGAGUUGCCAAAUA